AUGAACGCUUUUGCUACCACCGUUUUCGCAAUGAUGGCCGGGUCGGCCAUGGCUUUCGCCCCCACCUUCACCAGCGAAGCCACCACCGCCUUGAAGGCAGGUGCCCCCGAUCGUAUGUGGGACAAGAUGGUUGACAAGACCGAGCGAUCUGCCUCCCUUCCAUGGUUGCCCCGUGCCGUCGCUCUUGACGGAAGCAUGGUUGGUGAUGUUGGAUUCGACCCCUUCUACUUGUCCUCCAUCCCAAAGAACUUUGCUGGAUUCAUCCAACCUCCUUCUUGGGAAGAGACAGAAGGAAUUGAAACUCUAUACUGGAUGCGCGAAGCCGAGCUCAAGCACGGACGUGUUUGCAUGCUUGCCUGGUUCGGAUGGUUGGCCACUGAUGGCGCCUUCGGAAUCACCCUUAGAUUCCCUGGAGACAUCUACUCUGUCGAAUCCAUCCCCAACGCUUACAAUGCCCACAACAUCCUUGUCGAACAAGGAUCCAUGGGAUUCCUGCUUGGUGUUAUUGGAUUCAUCGAAUUUUGCUCUUCCGCAGCCCUCGUCCAAGUCUCCAAGGGAGAACUUGACCGCGAAGCCGGUGACUUCAGCCUUGAUCCCCUUCAAUUCCUCAAGGGAAAGAGCAAGGAAGAAUCUGACAGAAUGAAGCUCCGAGAAUUGUUGAACGGACGUCUUGCCAUGCUCGCCUUCAGUGCCGUCUGCACCCAAUCUGCUUUGGGCGAAUCCACCCAAAACUUCCCAUACUUCUAA